AUGCAGCUGGAGCAUUGUCUUUCUCCCUCUAUCAUGCUCUCCAAGAAAUUUCUCAAUGUGAGCAGCAGUUACCCACAUGCAGGCGGAUCUGAGCUUGCCUUGCAUGAUCAUCCCAUUAUCUCGACCACUGACAACCUGGAGAGAAGUUCACCUUUGAAAAAAAUUACCAGGGGGAUGACGAAUCAGUCAGAUACAGACAAUUUUCCUGACUCCAAGGACACACCAGGGGACGUCCAGAGAAAUAAACUCUCUCCCGUCUUGGACGGGGUCUCUGAGCUUCGUCACAGUUUCGAUGGAUCUGCUGCAGAUCGCUAUCUGCUCUCUCAGUCCAGCCAGCCCCAGUCUGCUGCCUCUGCUCCUAGUACCAUGUUCCCUUAUCCCAGCCAGCAUGGACCUGCACACCCAGCCUUCUCCAUCGCCAGCCCCAGCCGCUACAUGGCUCAUCAUCCUGUGAUCACCAACGGAGCUUAUAACAGCCUCCUGUCCAACUCUUCUCCGCAAGGCUACCCCACGGCGGGCUACCCGUACCCCCAGCAGUAUGGCCAUUCCUAUCAAGGGGCACCUUUCUACCAGUUCUCCUCCACCCAGCCGGGGCUGGUUCCCGGCAAGGCUCAGGUCUACCUGUGCAACAGGCCACUCUGGCUGAAAUUUCACCGGCACCAGACGGAGAUGAUCAUCACGAAGCAGGGAAGGCGCAUGUUCCCUUUCCUAAGCUUUAAUAUUUCUGGUCUCGACCCUACGGCUCACUACAAUAUUUUUGUGGAUGUAAUUUUGGCGGAUCCCAAUCACUGGAGAUUUCAGGGAGGCAAAUGGGUUCCUUGCGGCAAGGCGGACACCAAUGUACAAGGAAACCGGGUGUAUAUGCAUCCCGACUCCCCCAACACGGGAGCCCACUGGAUGCGUCAGGAAAUCUCCUUUGGGAAACUAAAACUUACAAACAAUAAAGGAGCAUCAAACAACAACGGGCAGAUGGUGGUUUUGCAGUCCCUUCACAAGUACCAACCUCGCUUGCAUGUCGUGGAGGUGAACGAAGACGGGACGGAGGACACCAACCAGCCGGGCAGAGUGCAGACGUUCACAUUUCCCGAGACGCAGUUCAUUGCCGUCACCGCCUACCAAAACACCGAUAUCACACAGCUGAAAAUAGAUCACAACCCUUUCGCAAAAGGAUUCCGAGACAAUUAUGACACGAUCUACACGGGCUGCGACAUGGACCGGCUGACGCCUUCCCCCAACGAUUCGCCCCGCUCGCAGAUCGUGCCCGGAGCCCGCUACGCCAUGGCCGGCUCCUUCCUCCAGGACCAGUUCGUGAGUAACUACGCCAAGUCCCGCUUCCACCCCGGGGCAGGAGCCGGCCCGGGGCCCGGCGCCGACCGCAGCGUGCCCCACACCAACGGGCUGCUCUCCCCACAGCAAGCCGAGGACCCGGGGGCCCCCUCGCCGCAGCGCUGGUUCGUCGCCCCCGCCAACAACCGCCUCGACUUCGCCGCCUCCGCCUACGACACGGCCACCGACUUCGCCGGCAACGCGGCCACGCUGCUGUCCUACGCGGCCGCGGGCGUCAAGGCGCUGCCGCUGCAGGCGGCCGGCUGCGCCGGGCGGCCGCUGGGCUACUACGCAGACCCCUCGGGCUGGGGGGCCCGCAGCCCCCCGCAGUACUGCAGCAAGUCGGGCUCCGUGCUCUCCUGCUGGCCCAACAGUGCGGCGGCGGCGCGCAUGGCCGCCGGCAACCCCUACCUGGGGGAGGAGGCGGAGAGCCUGGCCCCCGAGCGGUCCCCUUUGCCGGGCGCCGAGGACUCCAAGCCCAAAGAUUUGUCCGACUCCAGCUGGAUCGAGACACCGUCGUCCAUUAAGUCCAUCGACUCCUCCGAUUCUGGGAUUUACGAGCAGGCCAAAAGGAGGCGGAUCUCCCCCUCGGACACCCCGGUGUCCGAGAGCUCCUCGCCCCUCAAGAGCGAGGUGCUUACCCAGCGGGACUGCGAAAAGACCUGCGCCAAGGACAUCGGCUAUUACGGCUUCUACUCGCACAGCUAG